UUUCGUUACCAAGUGUGAUAGACUAGCGGGAAUUCCUUCAUUGAGAAUUUUUACAAUCAAGUUUAAAAUUAAACUACUACACAAGGAUAUCGCGAUGUCCCAUUUAUCACGAUAUCCUUGUAGUUGCAACAGAAAACAUGCAAAUUGUUGACAAAAAUUAAAGGGAAUUAAAAUUGUAUAGAUGGUUCCGUGUCUAACUUAUUGUCAACUUCUAGUUCGACGUCAGAAGCUUUUAUGGUGGAUAAAUUUUGGAGUGAAGGCAGCCAAAUCUGUGAUGCGAAUAACAAACCAAGGUAUGGCAAUUAGUCCCGAUUUGUGAAGCAAAUGACGAUACUACCUUUGUCAAACGCCAAAGUAGAAAGAAUAAUUUCUGAUAUUAAUAGGAUUAAAAAUCAAGAUCGAAAUCGAUUUUAUAAUAAGAAUGUUGCUGCAAUAAUGCCUGGAUAAGAGGGGCUACGACAGUUGGAUGGAGGAUGUCGCAGAUUUGAUCCUCUUUUUUUUUUCGGGUAGGGGGCCGAACCUCCUACGAGGUCCCCGAGCAAAAGGGGCGCGCAGGGUAUGUGAGACUCAACGAUCUGCAUGGUGUUGUGAGCAGACCGCGGGCCCAAGGAUUUUAGGGCCCACCCACUAAACGACUCCCCUACACUCUUACACCCGACGUCCGAUCCCCUCCGAGGUCAGAACCCGGAUGAGGUAGGGGGGUUACCGCGGUCUACACUACAACCAGACGGCGCGGCUCACCCCAAGGACGCCCAGCCGACGGAGCCUUCGAGGCGAAUCGAAGACUCUGAAACGUCAGCUGUCUCGGUACGGCAGCCCGUCGGGCCACCCAGACGGUGCCGCUGAUGUCCCGGAAUACCCCGCCAGACCAGAACCAGCCUGCCGAGUCGAGACGCGAUACAACCGGUCGCUCUAUAUAAUCCUCGGCAGCGCGCUAGAGUACUGGUAGCGCGCCGCGCGGCCUCUACCCCCUCAGGUCACCCCUUGACCUUCACCGGGGGGAGGCCGCUACCUACAAGGGCCGGGACGUACGGGCGUAUUCCCGCCUCCGGCCCCCGGCUCGACGGCGACGGAUCGGUGCGGAAAGGGAAGACCUCUCCCUCUCUCGCUCCGCCGCCUCCUUCCGCGAGAUGAUGGACUCGCAGAAGUCGAGUAUCACCUUCCAGGACGCCUCGCUGCCGAGCAUCUUAGCCACGACGCGCAGAUUUGAUCCUGACAGAAGUAUUAUCGAGUUAAUGGAUUCAAAACAACACACUUUUUUACACCUUUAUGAAACUUUAUGAAAAUGUUACCCAACAUAAAGACGGAAAAUUUUAACUAAGUUUCAUUUUAUUUUUUUUAUUUUUUUAUUAUAUUUUUAUUUAGAAUUUAAUUUAAAAAAAACAGUGGUUUGAUUAAUAGUUUUUUUGUUAUUUUAAUUAUUUUAUUGUUUCAUCAUGGAAACAUUGAUGUUUUUACGUUGUAACACGACAGCGAAAAAAAUAUAAUAAUAGAUUUUAAGUAUUUUUCGUUAUCUUUUGGUAGAAUUCAGAUUUUAACCUCCACAGGCAGUAGAUUGGUCAACUAAAAUCUGGUCACACUGAUUGCAUUAUCAUUCCCAUAGAAUAAACACUAUCAAUACUAUCAUUCCUACUGAUUACAAAAGCACCAGCAUAAAUGGCAAAUUCAGAAAAUAUUACUGAAUCUUAUCUGGGGACGAUAAAGAUUGUGAAGUACAACAAACCUGCUAAGAAAAACGCAAUAGACGUUCAUAUGUAUGUUAAAGUUAAGGAAAUAUUCGAUUCCGCAGCACACGAUGAAAAUAUAUCAAUGAUAGUCUUAACAGGUGCGGGUGAUUAUUAUAGUAGUGGCAAUGACUUCACAGCAGCUCUUGAAACCCCAAAAUACAACAUCUCAAACAUACUGAAGGAAUAUAUUACAGCAUUUAUUAAAUUUCCAAAGAUACUUAUAGCCGUUGUAAAUGGACCUGCAAUUGGUAUUGCUGCCACAACAUUAGCACUUUGUGAUUUAGUGUUCGCCUCAGAGAAUUCAUAUUUCUAUACACCAUUCACAAAAUUGGGAAUUGUAGCUGAAGGAUGCUCCACAUUUACUUUUCCAAGACUAAUUGGUGAAAGGAAGGCUGCAGAAAUGUUACUUUAUAAUCAUAAGAUGUCUGCCAAAGAAGCAUUGGAUUGUGGAUUUAUCAAUUACAUUUAUAAAACUGAAGAGCUACAAAGCAAAGUUUGGGAUAAAAUAGUUGAAGUAUCAAAAACUCCCCAACAUUCACUAACUAUAACCAAGAAAUUACUGAGAAAUUCUUAUCAUAAUGAUCUUUUAUCAGCAAAUGCUAAAGAAAUAGAAGAACUAAAUAAGAUAUGGAACAAAGGAAAUGAAUAUAUUUUAGAAGUAUUUAACAAGAAAAGUAAACUGUGAACACAGAAAAUAAGCUAAACUGAAUAUAAGAUUACAAUUGUUAUUGUAUUUAGUUAAAAACAGGUUAUCAUGGUGCAGUGCAAUAUUAAAUACUGUACAUAUGUGGUAAAGGCAUGAGGUAUUAUGGUGGUAGAUUUUAUAAUCAACAUUUUCUAAAAUUAGAAAAAUUAAAAUCAAGGGUAAGCCUUUUAUUAAUUGUAGCUGCCAUGAACUACAUACAUAGUAAGAUGGUAGUACUUGUAUGCAAGUGCAAUAAUAGUAUGGACACCAAAUUGAUAUUUUGAGAUUUGUAAGGAAAUUAUUUAGCAUUAAAUUAAAUCAAACUACUUUAUUUUUAUCUAUGAAUAACAGGAUGAUAAAUAAUAAGCUUAUAAAGAAGGUACAUACUUCUGUGAAACUUGAUAUGAGUAGCCUGUGUCCUAUUUUAUAUCAUGAGAGCACAGUAGGAUUUUGUUUUGCUAAUGUUUUGCGUACCUUAUUCAAACUUAUUUUAAUUAUGUUUACAAUAUGAAAAAUAUAGCUUCCAUAGGUUCAUUACAUUAUUUGCUAAUUAGGCCAUUUCAGUACUAAAUCAAUGUUAGUACAGGACAUUAAGGAUAGCUGUAGGUUCAGUACCUAUUUCAAUCUUAAAAUGAUGAAUUAAAUUAAAUUAUAUAUAUAAAUAAAAGAGGUUAUCUUUUUAGAUCGUUCAAUCCUUUUAGAACUUAGUUUACCAUAAACAAAAGUUAAUGAUAAUUUUCACAAAAUUUUAAUCAGCAAUUGCCAUAAUUGGUAAAAUAUAUUGUUCUGAUCUUGUGUGUCUUUAAAUUCCUGCAAUGGUAAUCUUGUAUGGUAGCCCGGCUCUCGUAACCACCUGAUUAUCAGUUGGGCUGUGAACUUAUCUUAUUAUUAUAAACGAUUGUGAUAGUUAUAUUGUAAAUAAAGAAAUUUUUUUUA